GUCUACCUUGGCGAUACAGCGGGCCCGCCUUUAGCGCGCGCACAGUCGAAUUUCACCUCGCAAAGGGGCGGCAGCUAUGGCUACGGCUAUGGCUAUGGCUAUGGCGGCUUGUGGCCGGUGUACAAGACUGUCAGCAACGACAGCGGGGAGCUGGUUGUUGCUGUCGAUCUUCUUGCCGCUGGCAGCAGGUUACGGAUUGAACGAUUUUUUGGCUGCGCUCGGUAAUCAAGACAUCGGUUAUCACGAAGUGCAAGGGGACGUGGUUCUCAACGGCUCUUUGCCACCCAUCACGUCGAACCACCUCACGCUUGUGGGCAGAGCGCCAGGUGGCAGGCGUCCAGUGAUUGACGGAGCCUUCGAGUCGAGCCACGUCACGCUUGUGGGCAAAGCGCCAGCUGGAUCGCGCGCCUACACGCUGACCUUGAAGAACUUAGAAUUUGUCAACUUCAAUGGAACGCAGCCCAUUUUCAGUUUGCUGGGUCACGACAUCGACAUUCAGGACUGCAUUUUUCGUGCCAAUCGGGCGAUCGGCGGGUCCGGGGGCUCUGUCGUCUACAUCCAGAGCGGGAACGUGAAGAUCUCCCGCUGUUUCUUCAUCGGCAAUCAGGCGGGGACCGGCGGCGCUGUGUAUUCAAUGAGUGCCGGGAGGGUGGUGAUCGAGAGCACGGUCUUUCGCGACAACCAGGUGACGGGAAUGAGAGGCCGGGGAGAAGGAGGCGGUGUGUAUUUGCUCUUCGCGGACCUUUACACCAUCAGCAAUUGCACAUUUGAGGGCAACCAGGUUGAUGGCCUCGGGGGCGGAAUGGCGGCGGUGGGUUCCUCACGGGGGGAGAUCGUGGGUUCGAGCUUCUUGCGCAACUCCGCCUACUCCACAGAACGAGCUUACAAGUCGUACGCAACUGGCGGGGCCAUCGAUAUCUAUGGUGACAACGUCACUAUCAUCAGCGGAUGCACGUUCACAGGAAACAAGGCAGAGGGCAGGCGAGGAGGAGCCGUGUCCCUGUCGAUGUAUCAGGCGGAGGUCACCAUCUCCGGCUCCAAGUUCGAGCAGAACGCUGCUGGGAAAUACGGUGGCGCUGUGGGUGUGCGACUCGUGACGAGUUACUUCACCGAGGCCAAACGUGGAGUUGCGCUGUAUGACGGCGGGCCUCCGAGGAGUAGAGUGAAGUUCUGCAGAGGGAACACGUACUCGAGGAACGUGGCUGGGACUUCAGGCGCGGAGAACAUAUACGUGGACAUGCGCAACAGCUCGGUGAGCGGAGUGACAUUCUGUCCGAGCGAGCCUCCUCUUGCUCUCAUCGAAGCGGAGACUGGAACGGUAAACAUCACCUGCGCAUCCUGCUGAAGGGAGGGAAGAGGAGGGGGGGGGGAGUGUUGCACUUGCGUGGAUUGCUUCCCCCUAACCCUCGAUCUUCAUGUUGUUUAUGUAUAUACAAGAUCGAAUCCGAUAGACAAUACUCAUAUCAUACACCAACACUCGUGGAAAUUGCGGCAUGGCUCCUGGUGAAAGUCGGUGAGCCGGAGCAACCUCCUCCGCACGGCUCGGGUUGAACCAGGUCGCUGGAUGAAGGAGAAAUGAAGGCGGCUGGGUUCG